GUGCUUUUAUUUUGAAAUUCCUCCACGGUAUGUGAUCUCGUGAGUACCGUUAACUUCACGCGGAUGGAGCAGUGAAAUAAUUGACAAUAAACACAUAUCGUAUGCCUCCGUCAAAGUAAAGCCGUUUGUGAAGCAGGUUGAGAUAUCAUUUUAUCAAUGGUACAGUUAUCUUAGGGAGGCGUCGUUUGAGGCUUUGCAGUCGCUGACAGCGGUUCGGACCCGGAGAAAUGGAGCAUAUCCGCACACCGAAGGUAGCUAACAUUUCUAGCUAAUUGCAAAUGGAUGGGAUAAAGGCAGCAGCCCGGCCUGUCUUCUGUGGUUUUGGCAUGCUUGGGUGUGUGAACGUUUGCGUGGUAUCAAUGUUUGUGAAUCAAUGUAACAGCGUGACGAGUCGCAGGUGUCGGCUGCAGCCCGAAGCGUCAGACGUGACAAGCAUCAAUGAGCUGUUUGUGUUUUUUUUUCUUCUCCGUGCAGCAGAUAGAAAGCAGGGCUUCCUUUUUGUAAUGCUAACGCUACUGUCUUCACGCCCUGUUAUUGACCGACUUAAUGCUACACUGAGCCAAAAAGUCUAUAACUGUGAUAGAACACUUUAUACAAUCUCAAAGCAAGGGUUUCAGACAAUCUGACUACUUUUUUUUUUGCUAUAUUUAGGUGAAAUGCUUAUGGGAUUUUUGCUGGAUAUACUCAAAAUUAAUCUCUAAUUUAACUCAAAAUUCAUAAUUUGAUACCGUCUGUUAAAUUUGAACUAUAAUAACUAAUUUGAUUGUUUUAUUCCUGAGCAGUUUUAUGUAAACAUCAAAAAGAAAGAGAGAAGUUUGCUUCAGCCUUUCCUGCCUCUGUAGUAAGAACUUCAAAUUACCCAACAACUAACUACAAUUACAUAAUAACUAUUGUUUCAUCACUGCCUGCUCAGACUGAACUGAAAAAUAAUCGCCUUUCUGGUUGACCUAUAACCUAAAACCUUAUUCAUCAGUCAUAACAAUUUGUGUAAUUUCAAUUUAUUGAAGGAUAGCCCCUUGAGAUGGGGUCCCUGAACAAACAAACAUAGAACUCAGGACACAUUAACAUACACAACAUAUAACAAAUACAGACAUCUUGCUCACCCUAUUCUCACACACAACUUCAGCCAACAUACGCCGAACAUACAAAGUAGACAAAACUUAUUAACAAGGAAAAAUAAUGUGAACAUAAAUGCAGAAAAGUACAGAAAAUAAAUCAGACACAUGAAUGUAGAGUGCCAUUCUGAAGUGAUAAAAAGAAGUAACAGAAUGCAAAGAAAGAGGUAGGUUAUUCCUACCUGUAUUCCUACCCUAUUCCUACCUGUAAUAUGAGAUUUUAUCCCAAUCAGGAGGAUUUAUUUAUUUGUCAUUUUAAAACAAAACUUUCAGCAUCCAUACACUAUUCACAUUUAUGCCUUUUUCCCAGCCCAGGCUUGGCAAACAGUUGCAGAAACGUCACUGCUCCCAUGACAGUGGACAUCCUAUCUGCAGUAGGCUCCAUAAACUCUUUAGCUUAUACCUCUUAAUGUCUCUACUUGAAAUGUACAUUGAUAAGACAAAGAAAGAAAAGCUGAAACCCAACACAAGCAUUUCAUCUGAUCAUAGCAAUGGGUUUAUCUAUAAGUUUUUAACUCUUGACAUAAAUACACACUUACAGUAUCCAUAGCUGGUCAUUCUAGUAUUUAUACAGUCCGUCCUAAAAUGAGGGUCAUGUAUGCUCAUCUUUUUCCCUACAGUGCAAUGCCCUUCAUCAUAAAUAUUACCCAAUGCAAAUCUAUGUGACUCCUAAGUUUAUUGUACAACUGUACAAGCUCGACGGUUGCAUGGAUUUUCUCUGUUGAGUUUCAGACUGACGUAUGCCUCAGAUGAGCAAGUCAUCUGCAAGUUUAGAGUGUAUCAGUAGUGCAUUAAGGGACAAUUCAUUAGUGGCUGGGUAUUUUUAAGGACAUGUCUGUACUCUGUUGGCAGUUUAAACACAGUGGAGUGAAUGACUCUAAAGAUGUGGACUCGAGUCGGUUAGGUGGUGCACAUGGAAAUGGAGCCAGAUUGGCUUAUGAUAAAUGAUAAGCAACCAAAAGGAUAUGAAAGUUAUUUAACAUACAUAAUUUACAUUUUCCUGCAUUAAAUCUUCUGCAGGUUUUACAUGCAGUCUGUCCAAUGUGAAGGUACACACUUGGAGGCAUUGCAGGGGAAUCUGUCUCUGUCUACAGGAUUUAUGGUUUAGGUGUCUUGACUCAAAGUUAACCAUUCAGACUUAGCACCAAAUCUAUUCUAGCCUAAAUAUUUCUUAAGAUUUGGACAUAUGAAGGUAAGCUUUAUUUACCCAGCUAAGCUAACUUGUGAAGUCAUUGUCAAAGCUCCAGGACAAAUGUGCAUUACUCAUGAUGCACUGUAUUAUUGCUUGGGCCAGAAGUGUGUGAGUGCAUGCAGACUGGGUGUGGCUGCACUGUCUGAAGACCUCAUGGUUAUUUACUUAAAUGUAAUAACAGACAAGCCAUUGUUGCUUUGAGGGAAUAGACACAUAUAUUCAUCUUUUGUGUGAAAAUGCUAUCACAUAUUUUUUAUAUGAUUCUGUACCAAUGAUUUUCUUCAUGUAAAAGACUCACUCAUUAAAAAGGUCAAUUGCAGCUCAAGCAGGGGACUGAAUGUUGUCAUUUAAGUACACUGGGGAAGCUUAUGCAGCUUAGAUUAGCUAAAACUGUCUUAUUAAACGUUAAUCCCCUUUUUUGGGGGGAGAACUCAUUCAUUCAUUCCCAAAAACCCCGCUGACCUAACAUGUUGAGAAACUGUUGUGUGGCGGAGAUGUGUACCGCUGGUUGCUGGGUGACAAAUUUGGGCACAUUCAUACUGUCAAGCAACAAGAGAGCGGAAACAAAGGAGAGGAUGUCCGAGUCAACAAGAGUGCUGGUACUUUGAUGAAUCAUGAAUCUGUGCGUUUAGCAGUGCCAGCAGACUUGAUUCCUUUUGGCAACAACAUGUAGUGCACUCGUAACACUUCGCAGAAAGCAUAAGUCUCAUAUUCAAGGAUUCAAGAGGAAUAAACACUCCAAGUUGUAUUUGUGUUUUAUGAUUGGCAUGGUUGCAAUUACAGAGUCAUUAGUAGUAUUGUUACACAGUCUUUUGCCUGUUAAUAUACAGUGAAAGUCUGUGACAUGGUGGUCCUGUAGUGUGAAAACGUGUGACUUGUGUAAAUGUUUAACUAAAGCAUCUUCGAGGACGGGUGAUCUUUGUAUGUAGAAGAAACAUUGUAAGAAUUCUGUGAGGCUGCAUGUCAGCAGCAUAUGAGCUGGGAUGAACCAGCCUAAUUUAGUGCUGGAAUCACUUGUUAUUUUCGUCAUAUCGGAACUGGCAGCCGAACAUUAGGCCCAGGUGGUCAGGAUUAGAUGGCGUGCCAGCUGGAGCGAGAGCCAAGUGCCACUUGAUGAUUUUCUGCCAGGUUUUAUUCCUGUUAGCAAAAUUCUGCCUUCUCCUUUUCCAGUAGAUCCUUCAAAUAUUAACUGAAAUGAAUCUUUAUCCCAACUGCGAGCCAACUGCUGAGGGAAGUUGUUACACUGGUGCAUUUGUGUUUGCAGGUGGAGCAGGUGCGACUGUUGGAUCGCUUCAGCAACAAAUCCACAAAUGGCACACUGUACCUCACGGCCACACAUCUUAUCUUCGUGGAGAGCAGCUCGAACAACUCGACAUCUGCAGGACAGGAGGUCUGGGUAAGUCCUAACAGGUGUCAUUCACACACAUAAUCUCUUUAGACCACCUGCAGGAUAUGCAGGGUUUUUGUUUUUUGUUUUAGGAUUUUAAGCAAUCAGAAUCAAAUAUUUAAAACAGCUGGAUGACGAGUUUAUGACUUUUCUGAUUACAUGGAGUGCCAGCUAUUUGAUUCUAAUAGGUCAAUACUGCAUGGCAACAGUCAGUUAUUUCUCAACAGCACUCUGUUGCUAUGGAUACAUCUACAAUAACUGACCUUAGCUAGCUGUAACCCUUUGAAUCCACCAGAAGAUGGUUAAUUGGAAGCUGCUUUGUUUCUGGUUAGAAAACUAGAUUAAAACAAACAUUUGUGUGGGGAGCCUGGACCCCAGGUUCAGACCCCCCUUUUAGGACACCAAAGAUCUCAAGGGGGCGCAGGGCUUUGUCUCAUGAUGUUGUCACGAUUAGAUUUGCACAUAUAAGUUAAAAUCCAUACAAAACACUAGAUAAUAUAUAAAACUGUGUUAAAAACUCAAUUUUUCACAUCUUUUGCUAACAGCUGGAAUUGCUAAUAUAUUGUAAGUGGUAGAGGUGGGGAAAAAAAACCCUAUGGCUUACUCUGUCACCCUGAUUAAUGCAUUAUCAUCACUGAAUCUCUGGUGCCAAAUACCAAAAAAUAAUAUUUGAUUUGAAAAUAAAGACUCCCUUUCCAACUUGACUCAUCACAUCACUACUUCAUGACUCCUCCUGGAAGGACUAAUGCCAUUAAUCCUGCACUCUGCUUUCUGCAAGACAUUGUUAUAGCUAUCAUGUUGUGGUGUGAGCUACCCUGCAAUCCCCACCCUUUGCAAGAAGGUGGUUUCAGUAGAUUUGAACCCUGCUUUGAGCCGGGGUCCUACUCAUGUCACUUUACCACUCACAUGGUCUAAACUGCAAAAUUAAUGCACACCCAUAUUUGAAUGAAAUAUACAGUGAAAUCAUUUUUUAUUGCUGUCAGACAUCUUUUUUUUUUUUUUCAAACUGCAGCGAAUGUUACCUUUAAUCAAGUUCUUGUUCUACAUGUUGGAUAAGGCUCCAAAAAACGACAUAUGUUUGGAGGUCAUGCCUGCUAUUAAAAUUGCAAAUGAAGGCCGCCAGUGACAGUUGCACUGUUACCUUGACUCUGCAGUCGUGCAAAGUUGACAUCACCCUGAGGAAGUGCGCAAUCUGAUGGAGUGCGUGCCCAUGUUGUCGAUGUGUUGUGCAAAAGGAAAGAACAUGCGAGCUUAUGUGUGGAAAGAGCAGAGGAGAAGUAGGGCAGAGGUCUAUAAGCUUUAUUUUACUGUAUCAAGCUGUCAUGAAAGGCCCUUGUGUGUGCAGGUGAAGUGUGAGUCUGUAUGUGUGUGUUUGUUUUUCCUCCACCUGUAAGAGGAUUACUGAUAUAACACCAUGAGAAGUGGGUCAUUGAAUCGAUGUCAGGCAUCAACAAUCAGUAAGGCAUCCUGAUUUGCGGAUUGCCCCUUUUUUUUAAUACUAUAUUGAUUUUCAACUUCUGUUAGUGCAGCUCCAACUCAUAAUUCAGCAGAUCUUUACCACACUGUAAUUAAAUAUCAAAUGACUCCAGCUUUCCUCUUGAUACUUUGCACAUUUGUUUGAACAUUUAUUUUAUACGCUGUCGUAAAAAUAGCACUGUAGUAUAUAGACAACCCCAGUGUCUGGUCUGCGUAGUAGAAAGGAAAGUGUGGUUAAAAAUGCUUUGUGCAGCAAAUCUGGGGCCACCUCCUCCUCCUCCCCACCAUGCUUCCUGCUUAAUGUGCUGAGAAAAGGGGAAAUUCUGGUUCUCUCUUGUUUUGAGGCUCAUUCUUGUGGAGCUUGCACUGACUUCACAAACUGUAUAUUCCUAUGUGGGCUUUUUGUUCUUGGUGCUGUUUGUAGAAGUCUGCCUGAAUGAUGUGUCUGCAUUUGUGGAGGCACUUUAGAAUAAGUCUGUUGGUCAGAGAAAGAGAGAGAGUUUGAUAAACUGUUAUCGUGCCUAAUGAAAUAUUUAAGUGCAGCUGAGUUUCUGUCUCUUAACAGCUGGUGCUGCAUGCACUUGUUGUGUGUGUAUGCGUGUGUAUGCAAUGUGUGUGUGUGACAGGGUGUUCCAAUGGUCAUUACCAAUGCAGAUUAAUGUGCAUCUUUAUGAAUUCCUGUGGUUUCAAAUCCCUGUGGAUUUCAAACUGCCCUCAUUAGGUAUGGUGAUGUGCUGUUUUGUCCUUCUCGCCCUCUAUACUUCACAACACUCAGGAGAUUUAUCAUCACACAGUGUUGUGGGGCAAACUGCAGCUUUUUGCAACCCUCUUUUGCCCAUAAUACUUGCUCAUGAAAUUCUUGAACAUCUUGUUUGUCAUUCUUGUUCAUUUCAUACAUUCAAUACAAACCAUAUCACCACCUACUGCCUUGGUGUGACAACAAAACACAUUAAAUUAGACUUUUGGUACAUCUAUUGGUAUCUAUAAGCUUCAUUGUAAAGCAUCUCUAUGGUGUUGCAUAGUAUUUAUUGACAUUGACUCUCUCUUAUUUUUCAUGUUCCUCUGCAGAUCUUGCAUCACCACAUAGCAUCUGUGGAGAAGCUCUCCUUGACCACCACAGGCUGUCCUCUGGUCAUCCAGUGCCGCAACUUCCGGGUGGUUCAUUUUGUGGUUCAGAGAGAAAGAGACUGCCACGACAUCUACAGCUCGCUGCUGCGUCUUCUACGGCCUGGUAGGUUUCUUUGCAUUUGCCAUUUACAUCAUUAUCAUCAUAGUCAAAAUCCAUAAUGUUCAUCACCUUGCCUUCUCCUUUCUAUUUCCCACUCCUUAUUUCUACUCUUGCGUCCCGUCUCUGAUGUUUGUUUUCUUCUGCACAGUAUCCUACGAGGAGCUCUACGCGUUCUCUUACAACCCCAAACAGAAUGACCAGCAGAGAGAAGAAGGAUGGCAGCUCAUCGACCUGGGGGCGGAGUUUGAGAGGAUGGGCGUCCCUUGCGACCAGUGGCAGCUCACUGACGUCAACAGAAAUUAUAAGGUAGAAUUUAAGCAGCAGCUUGAAAAGCGUUAAAUGUUCUUCAACUGAGAUUAAAAUUUUUCUUUUUUUAGACCAUCUUGUUAAAAUUUACAACCAAUAAAAUGCCAAAAAGGGUCAUACAUAAUACAUUUUUGACAAGUUUAAGAUCCCUCCAUACAGGAAAAACUUGCUGUGGUAACAUGUAGGACGUGCAUACACAGAAGAUAAGAAAAUCCAAAAACAUCAAAUCAAAUAGAGAAACAACAGAAAGCACAUGUUCCUGAAAGCUCUCCAGCAAAUAACCCAGCAAGCCAAAGCUGUAGUUGAACUUUGUACCACCCCUGUGCACCAUAAACACCACCUCCUGCAAAGAAAAAAACCUCACACAGAGCGCUCGUCACAUGAUUACCGAGCAGCAAAGCCAAGCCUAUCAUAAAUUGUACGUUUUUUUACUCUUUACUGUGUUUUGUGGGAACACAGUCAAGACUUGUCUGCUCAGGUUUGAAAACACUGUGUUGUGACACUCCGUCGAUGACUGAAGGUGUGGUGGUAUUGAGGGAAAUCCUUUAAUGCAGCGUUUGACAUUACCACAGAUUGUUAAAACACGUGAAUCCAGAAGAGGGCGCUGAAGCUUCACAUUUACAUCCACGUACACAGCUGUACAAGAGUGGUAUUCUAGCCAAAAGGAGAUAUCUGUUUUCAAAGAAUGAAAACACCCACUGAUUGAAGUGAUAUCAUAAACCCUAUUAGUGAUUUUUUUUAAAUAUACUGUCAGAAUUCAAACAUAACAGAUCAAGCUAGAGUAGAAUCAUACUGUAUGUUUUAUUUUCCAGGUGUGUGAGACAUAUCCCCGGGAUCUGUACGUUCCCAUCACAGCCAGUAAGCCUAUCAUCGUGGGGAGCUCUAAGUUCAGGAGCAAAGGACGCUUUCCGGUACUCACAUACUUCUACCAAGAAAGGAAGGUAAGCUAUCAUAACUUCAGAGCUCGAUCGGUCUUUACUUCAUGAUGUUUGUCUUUUUUUUUUUUUUUGCUGGGGUUGAAUAAGUAAAAUAAAAACUGUAUUCUCUCACAGCUAAUUAUUCUUUAUGUCUUUAUUUGCAAGCAGAGGAUGCUGUUUUUUCUUGAUACUAUUACUGUUUAGGAUUUUGGCAAGUUGUUUUGCUAAAAUGCAAGACUAGACCUCUUAAGCUGGAUUUGUGAUGUUAAUGGAGGGCUGAAGAUACUUGGAAUUAUACCCACAGCAGGGUUUUUUUGAGAUAUAAAAUAUUUGUAGUUUUCUGAAAGCUUCACAUUAAGUGUCUCAUUACUUCAUGGUGUGGUGGAAAAGGGAAGAGCAAAUGAUUAAACUUAAUAAUGUGCCAUGGCCCUAUGCAAAUAUUAAAGGAGUGUACGCACGAAUGUAUGCAAAGUUGAGUACGUGCUGUGAGGGGACUGUUCAUGAAAUGUCAAAAGGAGGCUAUGUGUACACAUGUAUUUGGUUAACACCUUUAAUGGAGUCCGGAUCUUUUCCUCAUUGGCUUGCUGAUGAAUUUUUGUAUUUUUCAGGGAUAAAUUGGGAAAAAUCUGCGUACUUGUCCAGAUAUAUUGGUCAUAGAAUUCAAAUGAAUGAAUGAACAGAGAUUGCUUACAUUUGGCUGCACUUCAUAUAACAAAUAAAAAAAAAAAAACAGAAAAAGCACAUUUUAUGUCACUGUAAGUACAUAAAAUUGACUAACCUACACAUCUUGUGACACGGAAGUUUCAAGUUUCACUAAAAUCAAGCCCCAAGUCCUCCCAGCUCUUGGUUCUUUAUUAUGAAAGAUAAAGGCUGUAGGAAACUAGACACUUAUAAGUCUUGUUUCACGGUCCUUGUAUUAAUGAAUGAACUAUGUUUACAUUGACAGGCGGCGGUGUGCCGAUGCAGUCAGCCUCUCUCCGGCUUCAGUGCACGAUGCUUAGAAGACGAGAGCUUGCUGCAGGCCAUCAGCAAGGCCAACCACAACAGUCGAUUCGUCUACGUCAUGGAUACCAGGCCAAAGGUAAUGGCUUAUGAUGAACCACUCCCUGUGCCAGAUUCCACGGAGUAACAAAGCAUUGCAAAAAGCUAAAGUUUGCAUGGGUGUGAAAUUGUGUCGACUGUUACAGUUCGGUUGAAGUUUGAAAACUAUAAAUCCGAUGUUUCUCUUCUACAGCUGAAUGCACUUGCGAAUCGUGCAGCGGGUAAAGGCUAUGAGAACGAGGACAACUACUCCAACAUCCGCUUUCAGUUUGUCGGCAUUGAGAAUAUUCAUGUCAUGAGGACGAGCCUGCAGAAACUCCUAGAAGGUUAAACAUGUUAUACACGUAGAAAAAAGAGAAUAAAGAAAAGCACCUCAAUGAUUUUGAAAAUAAAUGCAAGUUAGUAACUCUGGCAUUACUUGCUGUGUUUCUCUCAGUGAUUGGGACUCGGUCUUUGUCCAUGAGUGACUACCUGGUCGGUCUGGAAAGCAGUGGCUGGCUGCGGCAUAUCAAGGCUGUUAUAGAUGCAGCUGUCUUCCUCACCAAGGUCAAAUAUUUGCCCUUCUCUGCUCCCUGAUUGUUUAUUCUCAUGUGCAAAUAUUCCUCAUGCUUAAAGACGUAUGACGCUAUUCUUAAAAUGCAGUUUCAAGUAUGCAAGAGUCACGUUAAUGUCAUUCAACUACUUCUCUGUCCAUCAUGGAAGGUUGUUAGCUGUAGGGACUGUGUUGUCUCAUCUGUCUUCACUUUCUUCUCUAGGCGGUGACAGUGGAAGGAGCCAGUGUGUUGGUUCACUGUUCAGACGGAUGGGACAGAACAGCCCAGGUCUGCUCCCUGGGCUCUCUGCUCAUGGACCCUUACUACCGCACCAUCAAGGGCUUCAUGGUACCAACAACAAACACACACACUCUCUCACACACCUGAUGAGUGACAAGAGUGCAAUCUUUUUCUCCUUGUAAAUGUGUGUUUUGCUCAAAAAACUAAAUUUUCUUCACACUUGUCCUCCAGGUGCUGAUCGAGAAAGACUGGAUCUCCUUUGGCCACAAGUUUGCAGACAGGUGAGUUGUUUUGUUUGUGAAAAUGUGAGCUGAGAACGAUGCUUAUUUCUUUUAUCAUCAUUUUAUCACUGUACUCAUGUUUAUGAAUUGAUACUUCCAGGUGUGAUCAGCUGGACGGGGAUCCAAAGGAGGUGUCUCCCAUUUUCACUCAGUUCCUGGAGUGUGUCUGGCAGCUGACAGAGCAGUUCCCACAGGUGUGUGAGGGCGUCUGAGCUAAAUACCAAGUGAAUUGUAAUCUUACAGCCCUUUCUUGUUUUACCACUGACAUGAUUUGAUUCAUUGUCAUGUGUUUAUUUAAUGAUAAUCUCCCCCCCUCAGGCAUUUGAGUUCAGCGAGUGGUUCCUGCUGCAGAUUCACGAACACGUCCACUCAUGUCAGUACGGAAACUUCCUAGGCAACAAUCAGAAACAGAGAGAGGAGCUGCAGUGAGUCCAACACACACGCGCACAAACUCACACAUGCGCACACAGAUAACAGCUGUGGAGUGAAUCUAAAAUAUGUGCUAAAAAAUUAUGACAGUGCAUUAAAGCGAACACUGUUUUUAUUUUCAUACAUAAUGAUCCAAGUAUACCGCCACUUGUUGUUUUUGUCCUUAACCAAACACAUCUCUAAAGAAUCUGAAUAAUAAAUUUGAUUUAUAUCACAUUUGUGUAUAAAAAAUAAUAAUCAGUCUCUCUAUUGCACUACUUUAGAGUUUGCGUGAAAUAUCUGUGUACUCCUCUAAGUGUUGUUUUGUAUUCCAGGCUGAGAGAGCGGACCCACUCACUGUGGGCGUUUCUAAUGAGCGAAAAACAGAACUACUCGAAUCCGUUCUACAGCCCUGCAUACGUCGAAGCACACCCUGUGCUGGCACCAUCAACUCUGCCCUAUAAUUUCAAGUGAGUGCAUCCCUCCUCACACACCUGUUGCAUGUGUAUAAUGGCAUAAACGCCUGAUUGUUCUUUAAGGAAAUUCAUUUGUACUCUUCUUGCGUGUCUUUGUGUUUAUCAAGGUUCUGGAGGAACAUGUACCACCAGUUCGAUCGCUCCAUGCACCCGCGGCAGUCUAUUCUCAAAACCGUCCUGACUCUGAGAGAGAACAGCUGCAAGGCUGAGAGCAAACUGCAAGCACUGGAGACUGUGAGUUUUAAAACAACUGCUUGUAAAAUGGAGUGAACAAACACGAUGAACAGGGCAUAACUACAUCCUCAACUGACAAAACAGCUGACUGAGUAGAAAUCUAACAAUAAAAAACUCCGGGAGUUAUGAUUUCUAGGAUUCGCUGUUGUACUAGCUUGCAUGAGUUUUUGCCGGGUGUGCCUAAUUAGCUGCCAAAGCCGAGAGUUGCUGCUGCUGCAAUCUGGGAUUGAAAACGUAUUAAAAUCCCAGAUUGUGUCUUUAUGAUGUUGUUUGGAAAAACUAGCUGGUUUCCUCGUGAUACUGUGUAAACUGAGGGAAGAGAAAAAGACAUCCAUUGUUUUGAGAUAAUGAGGUGAUUAUCUGCUUCCUCUGUGAUGAGUAUUGCCGUCUGGAGAUGUAGAAUUUGCAAAGAGCCAUGUUUGUUCACAUGGUGCACAUCAAGUCUUACAUCCAGCAGCAUAUCAGAACACACAAUAAGUACAUCCUUUCCUCUGUUGUCUCAUCCCUCCUUUUUUAUCCAGCGGCUUCAGCAGCUCGGCGUGACCCCGGUUGUGACAUCCGACCCCCCUGCACCACCACCCACCAGAGAUCAGCGCUCGAGCACCCUACCGCCACGCCCCGACUCCCUCAUUCUCGGGGCACCCGUCAACCACAAAGAGGUGCAGCGGCAGGAAGAGGAGGACGACGAACAGGAGGAAGUGGGCGAGGAAGCCACAGAAAGCUUCGACACGGAGAGGACUGUAGAGGGCAGCAGCGGCACCGAGAGCAGGAAGCAGAGCUACGGAGAGCUGGAUGGGACAUACAGCAGCGAUUUGGCCAAAGAGGAGCCAGCUGUUGUGAGCCUGGAGUUUGGAGUAGCACGCAUGACCUGCUGAGACCUAACAGGGGGGAUUGCGGGAUACAGAGGGACAGGCGCCGCUGAGUGAGGGGGCUUACUGAGAGAGUGUGUGUGUGAGGAGGGGAAGCUGUCGCUCUGUGUGUGAUAUCAAGCUGAUUACCCAAUGGCCCUGAAUGGGCCGAGUGGAUGAAAUUGUAUGUGUGUAUAGUCUCAAUGUUAAUGGGAGCCUCAUUAUUAUGUCAUAAACUGCACCUAUAAGAAAAGGCUUGUUUUUUUAUGAAUGUUGAAAGCACUAUAAAGAAUUAAUGAAUAGAGUAAGAGAAUAAAUUCAUCCCCAUCAAAUGUGUCCUCAAGUUUA